UAUAAAAUGUCCGAACGCUGAUAACUUGUUUAAACUGCCAACACGUUCACAGCGACGACACUGCCUUAAAGAAAAGUCACUAGUCUACAUUGACGAGAUGCUUCACGUUAUUGUCCUCAUGUGCCUAGGGGUGAUGGUCAGCGGCGCAGUCGAGCCUGAUGUAGUACAGGAAACUGUUCAAUUCCGCAUCGACAACAAGAGUUACUUUGAGAAGACUGUCCGCACCGAAUCACAUGACAUCAUCGCCAUCCCACAGCAGGGUCUGGCUGACCGGACCAUCAUUGUCCAUGAUUAUGUCAAGGAACUCUCAGCCUACAAAGAUGUGACGGCCGGUCUCUGCUUCGUCUCACCUUUCUAUCGUGAUGUGCUCAACCUGAAGGCGGUUCUAUUCCACUAUGAAACAAAGACCGACCAACUCCCAGGAAGGGUCAUCAAGAUGGUCGCCCAACGCGUGAUAGAAGACAUUCAAAGGUUUGCUGGUCAGGAUAUUGCGGAGCUGUGCGGGGAUCUCCCAGCCCUGUGGAUCAUCAAGGAGAAAUCUCAGCGUACCAAGCGCGGUGCACACGUCUCAGCAUGCGGUUCCAUAAGCGUCGGCAAGGGUGGUGUCUCCGUCAGUGGGUCAGCCUCUGCAGGCAGCUCGAGCUCCAGUGCCAGCGCUGGCAGCAGCAGUGGAGGUGGAUUCUCCUGUUCUGGGUGUGGUUCUGUCGGUGUUGGUGGAGGAGGUGUAAGCGCAAGUGGUUCAGUCGCCGGCUCCAGCGGUAGCAGUUCUGCAAAAUCGAGCUCCAGUGGUGGCGGAAGUAGCUCCAGUUCUUCUGGCAGCAGCAAUGGUGGUGGAGGAUGGAAGCGCAGGCGUUAAACCGAAUUGGGAAGGACAGUUGGUAGUAGACAUCAAUCCGGCUCUUUUCGUACCUACGUGUUGGUCAAGAACGUGAUGAAUUGCCUUUCCUGACACUUGGAUGAGACCGUCAAAUAUAUAGAACAUCGUCACAUCGACAAAAAAGAACAGAAUUGCGCCUCACGAACGCCUACUUACUGUUUCUUUACAAUUACUUAACUGCCAAAUCAUAUUAUCUUUUUAUUAUUUGCGAUAUUGGUGAUAACACAAGGUGAUACUCAAUUUCAAAGAUUAUAACAUAUCUGGGAUUUGUCCUUCUACUCGUAUGAUAAAUAGGAUAUUUUUUUCGAAUAAAAUUACACUACAAAGAAAUCAAGGGCAUUUGUCUGCAGUAUUUGCUUCUCAUUCUUUAUGCAGGGAAUCCACUGACUCCGUCACCUCAUGUUCAGUUCAAGCUCACGUCGUGUCCUGGUGAAGCUCCCUUGACCUGUGAAUGGGAGGUUCCGUGGCGAAGUUCC